GUCAACUUCUCACCAAUGCAACUCACCUCUGCACUUCUCUCCCUCGCCGUCCUUCUCACGAGCACCGCGCAGGCGGCUCCCUCUGUGGGAGUCACAUCCAGCCUCACCAAGCGCUGGUGCGGCUUCGACGCGACGUGCGGGUGCACGCCGGAUCCUGCGGCCGGAUGCGAGCUGACGUUCGACAAGUGUGGUCACAGUGGUACUGGCCGUCGCACUGCAAGGGGUGCCAGGCAGAUUGCCCGGACCAUUGCGUCUUGUAUGCAAUUCACAGCCACCCUCGUCAGCCUCGCUGUCGCGUUCGCGAGCAUGAGCGCCGUUACCGCGGCUCCCGCUGUGGAAUCGAGCCUCACCAAACGCUGUGGGGUGCGGUUUCGAGGCGCAGUGCGGCUGCACGCCGGACGCCGCGACGGGCUGCCAGCUGACGUUCGACAAGUGCGGCCAGCAGUGGUACUGGCCGCCGCAGUGCCAGGGGUGUGGCACGUGCCCCGAGCUGUGUGUCGAUUUUUUCCAAUGCAUCGACCCGUCCAAGAAGAGCGCGCAGUGAUUCGGAAUAACGGUUAUGGAUUGUACUUUGAGACAAAUGAAUUGAUGACGGAGAUGUGUGCCCUCAUGCUCCUAAGUUACUGAGCAGCGCGGAUCAGCUCUGCGGUCUCACAAGGGUCGGAACCGGUGUCCGUGAUCUCACAUCAGAGCACGGGUCAUCCCGGAACGGUUGGCGUCUGGCCCGAAGAUC